CUGGUCCACUCGGGACAAUACCACAAUCUCUCUGUUUCGUCAACCCCGACCUAUAACAGUGCGUUUCAGUACACCAGCAGCCUUCCUUCGCCUAGUGGUGGUACUGGGGAUGACACGGGGAGCCAGCAGUCUCUCAAGACCUUGAGGACGACCGAUAGCCUACUCGGUACCUCACUCUUCAGUGAGCUGGAUAGCCAGUACAGCGACCUCCAGGAGCACUACGAUGAGCUAGUGCAGCAGUGUACCUGCUCCGCCGGGCUGGCCCACAGAAACAGGAUGAAGCAGGCAGCAAGUGAGAUGGGUGGUGCCGAUGGCCUGAGCCCGUUAGUGACUCCUUCACCAAGGGUUGACUCGUCGCAGCCGUUUAAGGACCUUUUUGAAGAAGUGUUUGCAACUCUGAAGCAGACUGCAGCCGUGGCCGACAAAUUGGUGCAGCGGAAGAAAGUUUCGAACAUGUAG